GACGUGCGACGGGAGACGCCGGCGUUUCUGCAUUUUUAAGGUGGAAACAGCGGCGGGCGAGCGCCCGGCUGCAGCAGCCUGCCAGCCGGGUUGUGGGGUUUUUUCCCUCCCCUCCCUGAAGACUAAGCUUGUUUUUGAAGGUGCCCUGCAGCGGGUCAAAGGCUGGAGUCCCACUGGAGGGGAGCAGCAGGCGAUUGAUUCUUGUGAGGCUCUGAGACAUUUGAAAGUGAUUUGGAGAGAGCAAAGUCUGUGUCUGAUGGACACCGAACCGAAGCCAGCGUGUGUUGUGCAGCAGGCUCACUGCCCAGGAAUGAAGUGCUCUCCUUCAGAGGACUUUCCUCCUCAGAUAAGACUGUCUGAAAAGAUACCACCAGUGAAGCCUUGCUUCAAGAAGAAGCAGCAAGUACAGAAGAGACUGGACACGGAAACUCUGCGGGCUUUGCGGCCGAUCUUUACCAGUUUGCUGGGAGCCGGGACCUUGGAUAGGGUCUUUGUGUCCCGAGGCCAAAGUGGUGGUCAUAGUGAUUUAUGUGUACCUGCUGUGAAAAAGACUCUGGACCUCGCUUCUUCUUGCCCCCAACCAGAAGAUAACGUCAGUGUGCUGGUGCCAACAGCUCCAGAUGCGCAGGGUCAGUUGCCGGGAGCUCGUCCCUCUGCGGGGCAUCCCGAGCAGGAUGCCCAGUCAGGAGAGCAAGGCUUCUCACCAGAAACUGCUCCUGGAACUGCUGCUGCUAAUAGUAAUGAGUCGUUCCAGGAUCAUCCUUUGCACCCAACUGCCAGUGACGGUGCAGCUUGUCCUCUGUUCCCAGACAAGAUUCUGGAAAGCUACACAUCUGGCUUGUUCCAGGAGAGCAGCUGCCCGAUGCAAUACACUUUGAACCCAAGCAAUAAAUUCGGUGCUGGGAUAUUCCAGGAUAAAAGUGAAGAAGCUUCUCUUGACCUGGUCUUUGAGCUCCUGAACCAGCUGCAAUAUCACACCCAUCAGGAAGAUGGAAUAGAAAUCUGUGUGGAUUUUCUCCAGGGCACUUGCGUGUAUGGCAGCGAUUGUCCCAAACAUCACACGGUCUUGCCUUACCAUUGGCAAGUGAGGAGGACAGCAACCCAGAGCUGGCAGAGCGUCACCAAUGAUGCCCAAGAGCAUUUGGAAAGACUCUACUGCAACCCUGACAAUGACAGGAUCAAAGUGAAGUAUCGGGGACACGAGUUCUGGGUGGAUCUGAACGUUAUGAAGUUGUAUGAAACCGUUGAGUUUGACCAAAUGCGGCGGCUGUCCACACCUUCCUGCCCCAGCUCCAGCUCCAACCACUACACGGUCUGGAAAUACUUCUGCAGGGACCACUUUGGCUGGAGAGAAUACUCUGAGCCUGUUGUAAGGUUGAUAGAAGAAGCCAGCUGCCGGGGGCUGAAGGAGGUUCGGUUCGUCACCUGGCAUAACCAGUACAUCUUAAACAUCAAAGAUGGGUUCCAGCAGAACUCCUGCUUCAGAAGGGAAAUCAAGAGGAGGCCCCUGCUCCGCUCGUGCGUUGUGCUGAUGCCGUUCUUACAGACCUUAGGUGGCAACUCCCCCGUGCUCUCUCCAUCCACCGACUCAGCCUCCUCCCACGGCUUGUCUCCGGCUGCUGUUACCUCUCCAAACUUCUACCCUGAAACCUGGAUUAAUAUGGAUCCAUCUCAGGACUUCAUCCAAGUGCCUGUUCUGAAGGAAGACAAAAGCUAUAGAACCAUUUAUAACCUGUUUCACAAGACUGUGCCAGAGACCAAAUACAAGAUUUUGAAGAUUCUGAGAGUGCAGAAUCAGUUUCUUUGGGAGAAAUACAAAAGGAAAAAGGAAUACAUGUCCAAAAAAAUGACUGGGCUUGACAGGAUGAUGAAUGAGAGGCACCUGUUCCACGGCACGUCGCAGGAUGUGGUGGAUGGCAUCUGCAAGCACAACUUCGACCCACGCGUCUGUGGCAAACACGCCACCAUGUUCGGGCAGGGCAGCUACUUUGCCAGGAAGGCGAGUUACUCCCACAACUUCUCCAAGAGGUCCCCCAAAGGAGUCCAUUACAUGUUCCUGGCCAAAGUGUUGACGGGCAGGUACACGGUGGGCAACCACACCAUGAGGAGGCCACCGCCGGUGAACCCCAGCAGCAUCACCAGCGACCUCUACGACUCCUGCGUGGACAAUUACUUCGAGCCGCAGAUUUUUGUCAUCUUCAACGAUGACCAGAGCUACCCUUACUUCAUUAUCCAGUAUGAAGAAGUUAGCAACACUGUGUCCAUCUGAAAACUCGUGCUGCUCAGUGAUUCACUGGAAUGAAACCCUCCUGUCUGGCCUCGGUAGCAAAGCCCAAACCCGGACGGAUGAAACGACUCGCUCGGAAGGAUCUCGGUCUCGAAAGAGGGAAGAGGAAGACCUGAAGUGACCAAUUGUGCACUUGCUGUUUGAUUCUGUAUGUGCAAAUUGUACAUAUUUUUCCAUUGUUUAUAGUUGAUAAACCUGUGCCUUUUGUUAUAAAACACUGUUUAUUUAUGUUAGUAAAUAUUGGUGUUUCAAGCCCUGUGUGUGUGGGUGACUUCAGCUGCCUCCUGUGUGCGGGUAGAAAAGGGCUUAUUUCCCCAUUUGAGCUCUGAGGGAUGGCCACUGCAGGGUAAUCAGGUCAUUGGCAUCCCAAGUACAUUGAAAAGGACAUUCUCCCGGGCACCUUUUUUAAUUACUAUACUUCAGAAGGAUGAGGAGAGAUGACAAAGCAAACACCCUGCUCGUUCUUUGCAUUGCUGAACAGGGAAACACAGAUAAACACAUCAAUUCCUAGAGUCAGCCCUGAGUAGAACGAGGAAGAGGUUCACACAGCACUCAAGGCAGGAGGGUUCAAAGCCAGAUGCCUUCCCAGCACCUCAUGGGACACUCAGCCCAU